GUGCGCCACCACCGCCCAGCUCAAUAAAAAUUUUUUAAUUGGUUUUUCGAGACAGAGCUUCUCUGUAGCUUUGGAGCCUGUCCUGGAACUAGUUCUUGUAGACUAGGCUGGACUUGAACUCAUAAAGAUCUGCCUGCCUCUAUGUAUCUCCAUCAAUCUCCUUCCCUUCAUAUUAGAAAAAGGUACAGACCCUUAGUUAGACAUGUGCUCAUCUUUAAAACAAUACAAUGUCUGUCUAUCAGACUCCUAUGACCUCAAGUUCCAGAAUAUCAAGGCAACAUUCUUUUAAAGGCACACUUCCCUUUGGUUUGAACCCAGGUUUAGAACCAGUCUGCGCAUUGUCCAAGGGAAAGGAUAACCAGACAAUAAGACAACAAGCUGUCGUUAUGAGCUGGCUCGGGCAUCACUUCUCCAGGCCCCACGAGGACGUUUCCUUGCUCAGUACACAUGCGCCACUCUUCUCCCUCAUAUCGUCUGAAGAUGAGCAUUUAAUUUCCAACCUGAGGAGCCAAGUACCAGCUCGAACCGUGGUGAAGCAGCCUAUCCGCGGAGCCAGCAGCAGGACCACAGUCACGGCCAUCGUCCAGACUGGUGGGGACUGGAGCACUGGCCUCUUCAGCAUCUGCAGAGACAGGAAAAUCUGUUUCUGUGGUCUCUUUUGUCCCAUGUGUCUUGAGUGUGACAUUGCCAGGCAUUAUGGAGAGUGUCUUUGUUGGCCACUGUUACCAGGGUCUACCUUUGCACUGAGAACUGGCACCAGAGAGAGGCAUAAGAUACAGGGGACACUCUGUGAAGACUGGAUGGUGGUGCAUUGCUGCUGGCCUUUCUCCAUCUGUCAGGUGGCCCGAGAACUCAAGAUGAGAACCUCCCAACUCUACGAGAUCUGUGCAAUUCAAGCACCCAAGGACAGCCUGGUUUGAUAGCCCUCCUCCUGCGCUCGCUCUCCCAUGCCUUCCUCUCAAACCUGUCUUAGAAGGGUAGUUUUUUCCCCCAUAGUAUUCACUGGAAUAGAAUAAAUGAUUUAUUCACUAUUGUCUCUGCUGUGUUAUGAUUCCCCCAAGGUUUUGAGUAGUUUCUGACUUUGCUAUUUUGGUCUAGCCAUACACAGUACCUUCUAGAGGUGAGUGAUAUAUUCU